UGUGAGCCGGCCGCCUUCCUGAUGCCGCCAUGCCCAUCAUCAGCAACACCAACCACGACUUCAGCAACCUGUCGCUCAGCGACGACAGCAGCCUGGACCGCAUCUUCACCGAGAUCCCAGAGACCGAGACCAUCAAGGGCGUCUACUACCAGAGGGCGCAGUGGAUCCGCAGGCCGCAGGACCUGGUGUCGGUGGACCACGCCCUGCUGGCUGUCAUCAACGUUGGGGGGAACCGCUACACCUUCCCCUGGACCACCCUGCAGCAGUUCCCCCUCACCAGACUCGGCCGGCUCUGCGGCUGCCGGUCGCUCGAGGACAUCGCCAGCGUGUGCGACGACUACGACGAAACCAGGAAGGAGUUCUUCUUCGACCGCUCUCCGUCCGCCUUCAAGGUCAUCCUCAACUUCCUGGCGGCGGGAAAACUGCGGCUCCUGCGAGAGAUGUGCGUCCUUUCCCUUCACGACGAGCUGAACUACUGGGGGGUGGAGAUGGCGUACAUGGAGCGCUGCUGCAAGAGGAAGAUGUACACCCGCAUCGAGGAGGUUCACGAGAAGGAGAGGCGGGAGGAGGAGCGGCGGCAGAGAAACGCCUUGCAGCGCCUGCCGGUGGAGGAAACCAGGUACAGGAAGGUGAUGAACUGGCUGAGGGACACGGUGGAGAAUCCCCAGUCCGGCCUGCCGGGGAAGAUCUUCGCCUGCCUGUCCGUCAUCAUGGUCGCCGUCACUGUGGUCAGCUUGUGCAUCAGCACCAUGCCGGACCUCAGGGAGGAAGAGGACCGGGGCGAAUGUUCCUCCAAAUGCUACAACAUGUUCAUCAUCGAGACGGUGUGUGUGGCCUGGUUCUCCCUGGAGUUUGUGCUGCGCUUCGUCCAGGCCCGCAGCAAGCUGGACUUCCUGCGCGGGCCGCUCAACAUCAUCGACGCCAUGGCCAUCCUGCCCUACUACGUUUCCCUGGUGGUGAGCGAGGAGGACCAGAACCGGGAGUCGGACCGGCCCGGUGGAGGUAAGGGCUACCUGGACAAGCUGGGGCUGGUGCUGCGGAUCCUGCGCGCGCUGCGGAUCCUGUACGUCAUGCGGCUCGCGCGCCACUCGCUCGGCCUGCAGGUUCUGGGUCUGACGGUGCGCCGCAGCACGCGGGAGUUCGGCCUGCUGCUGCUCUUCCUCUGCGUCGCCGUCACGCUCUUCUCCCCGCUGGUCCACCUGGCCGAGAGCGAGCUCACCGGCCCGCACGACUUCAGCAGCAUCCCCGCCUCCUACUGGUGGGCCAUCAUCUCCAUGACGACGGUGGGGUACGGCGACAUGGUGCCGCGCUCCAUCCCCGGCCAGGUGGUGGCGCUGAGCAGCAUCCUGAGCGGGAUUCUGAUCAUGGCGUUCCCCGCCACCUCCAUCUUCCACAUGUUCUCGCGCUCCUACCAGGAGCUGAAGAUGGAGCACGACCGGCUCUUCAAGGAGGAGGUGGCGGCUGCAGCGGCCGCCGCUGCCACGGGGGGCGCUGCGGAGCCGCAGCGGGAGGAGCAGGCGGCGAGGGCGCCCCCUGCUGGGCCUCCGGGCCAAACCAAGGAGCUCUGCAUGGAGGCGCUGCUCCAGGAGGCCAACAACCACAGUCUUCCACCUGCGGCUUUCUGAAGGUUCUUUAAAGCUGCAGUUUGCAGCUUUAAUAAAAAUACAUGUUUGGGCUUUGAUAUAUUUCAUAAAACUGUCUCCAUGUUGCGACAGUUGUUGCGUUUCUAUUUCAAAUGUGAGAAAUCUUUGUCUAUAUUUUGCUCAUGUCGAAAAGAUACAAUUUCAUUAUUUUUGUUUUCAUUGAAGCUGCAAUUUGUAACUUUUACAUAAAAUAUCAUUUUAUUUGUUGAAAUUGUCAGCAUGUUGUGACCAUAUCAGACAGAUAAUCUGUGAAAUAAUGAAGUUCCUCUGUUUUCUACCAACUAGAAACAACCAAUCAGAGCCAGGAGGCGGGUCUUACUGCUGUCAAUCACAGUCAUGUCACCAGAUCCUGACAUGAAUGCUAAUGCUAGUUAGCUUAGCCAUCAAUGAUAAUGAUGGUGCUGGAACUGCAAGUUGUUUCGGCAUUAGCACAUUUGGCAUUGAUUGGCAGCGCUAAGCCCCUCCUCCAAGCUCUGAUUGGUUGUUUUUGAACAAAAAAUCAGUCUGUUCAGAUUAUCGGUCUCAUAAACUGUCAUGACAUGGAGACAACUUUGACAAAUUAAAAAACAUUUCUUUAUAAAAAAAUCAUAUGCUGCAGCUUUAUAUGAGAAAUUAAAUUCAAAUCAUCCACGAAUAAAUUUGUUCAUUCAAUAAGUCGUUAAUGGCAGCGACGGAUGUCAUAAUUCAGCUGCUAGCGCUCAUCAUCUAUCAGCCAAUCAGAGGAGAUGUUGGCGUUUUACUCAGCAACAAGCCCCGCCUUCUCGGGAGCGGCUACUUAUGCGGCGUUUUGGAAAAAUUGAAGUCGGCCAUUUUACAGGAGAAUUAUGGAUUGAACAUGUUGGAACGACUCAACUUUUUAUGAACGGAUGUUGUGAUGCUCUAGUGGAGCCGGCUGCACCAAAACAAACAAAGAAAACCACUUCCUGUUGUCUUCUUUGGCGUUUCUAACAGUAGUAACAUCCGGCUGUGGUUCAUGUUUUGAUACGGCUCAAUAGCACAUCAUCCCAGUGCAAAAGCCUUUCAGUAAAAACUAGCCUUAGCAUAUAUGGCUACGUUGUAACAUAGCAAUGCGAAAGCCCCAAGUUGUGAGCAUGAGCAUGAUUGACAGCACUAAGACCCGCUCCCUGUCUUUGGUUGUUUCUGAUAAGCAGGACCAACUUUUUCUUUUGUUCACAGAUUAUCUGCCUUUUAUAAUCUGACAGUUUUAACAAAUAUGUGAAGAAUGUAUUUUUAAUAAAAGUUACAACUGCAGCUUUAAAACACAGCAAUUACCAAGGGACUAAUACCCAAAAGCCUGACUGCCCAGUUCUGGCAUUCACAUUAUUUUGGAUACAAAUAAAAGUUUUUCUUUUUUCUUUGUAUUUCUGGUUUUUGAUGCUUUUACUGGUGAAGAGAGACUGUAAAAAGAAUCGACCCUUUAAACUGGAUGCUUCCUGUGAGACCUGAAGGCCUCUGCAGCAACAUUCCAAACACGCUGCUUCCAUUAACCUGCAAUAUUAAACCCAAAGUCGCUUCUCCUUCCACUGUGAACUGACUGCAGGAGUUUUCAUUCUGUUCAAUGUGCUGCAUAAAGUAUGAACUAAAACUGUUUCACACUCAGCCCUCCUGCCAUGAAUACAAAGAAGUUCAGCUCGUAGUUUAUACAUGAGAAGCUUGAAGCCAUGUUCUGAGCAGAGAUGAUGAAACAUUAUAACCCAAUGUAACAUAUAUCUGUUCUCUGUUUAUCUGAUAGAUCUAAUAAAUAACUGAUGGAAACGGCUAGGUUCAGUUUGGACAGUUACACUGUAAAAAGUUAACAGCAACAGUUUAGUGUAUGUACAGAAAACAGCUAAUUUAUAAAUGUCAUAGAUCCAAACAAAAGAUAUGAUUCACCAUUUAGCUCAUAAAUUACAUGUUAAGUUUGGAAUUAUAUAUUUAUAAAUGAAUGAACAACAUGAUGAAAAUAUAAAUUUGAAAAAUGAACACUCAUUUUUUAUGACAGACUAUUUAAAUCAAAACAUUGCUGUAAAUUUUAUUGUGUAACUUUACAAUCAGCGCCCCCUAGUGUUGUUUUGUUUCUGCUUUUUUGUCACACUUAAAUGUUUCAGAUCGUCAAAACAUUUAUGUUGAAGAUGAGAUAAAACGUUUGCUUGGCUGCAGGUGAGCCGUCAGUUUGUCGUUAACGAACAAUCUGAAUAUUUUUAUCUUCAUCCUAAUCGAUGCGACUCGAUCCGGUUAGUGAGAACAGUUCUUUGUUCUUUAUGAGUUCAUUUGUUUUUAAGCUGCUCACUUUUUGUUACAUUUUGUUUCCAUGUUAAAAUGUCACUAAAGCUCAACCUUUGUGAAAAACUGCAUGAUAUCUGAUGUUUCUGAUUGAGGUUUGUUUUCUGUAGGUCCGUUUUUUACAGUAAUUGAUUCAAAAGACAUUUAUUUGGGAUAAAAUGGCUUUUAAAAACGGAUCAUUUGAAGUGAACGGUUCGGAUCCCAGAAGUCCGGCCGCUAUCGGUACCUUCCAGAACCAUUUUCAUCUGAACCGUCCAGAGAAUAUUUGGAAAAUGUGAGACAGGCCUGUGGGUCGUUUGGGUCAGCAGUGGUUCUGGUUCUGGUUCUGUUUUUCUGGGUGAGUUGUUAAUGACUUCUUGCUGUUUGAGAUUAUCAAACCUACUUUGUGUUGUUAUUCAUUUCAACCAAAUAUCUAUAGAUUUUAUUAUAUAAAACAAUGUAUUAGAAAAGUAUUCACCUUUUUUUCUUAGAGGUACUGAGUGGAACCUUAGGAUCUGUGCGUUUCUGGUACGCCCGUAUAUCUGGGGCACAGGCUAAAUCCGCUAACAAUGAUGGAUGACAAAGCCGCUUCUACAAACCAUCUGAUUAGAUGCUGGAAAUGAUUUUAAAUGAAAAAUGUGGCUUAUAUUUUUCUGAUUAAUUAAUUGGAGACAGCCUUUCAGCUGAUUAAACGUUUUAAUGUUUUCCCUAAA